AUGGAAGAUCAGACGACACUUAACCCUGUGCCUCGAUUUGACGAAUAUUCAUGGAAAGAAACAAAGACAAACAACGGAACAUCAGCAAUUAUUGUCAAUGCCAGCAUCUCUUCGGAACUUCCCUAUGAAAAACGAAAUAUUACUGUAAAACUUGGUACAAAUAUUCAAAGUAAAGUUUUCAAUGUACCACUGGAAUCUGUUACAUUUGCGUUUGAUGGACUUGAUCCAGAACCAAAAGAAUAUCCACUUCAGAUAACUUUUAUGUUAGUUGAUUAUACUAUUGAUCAUCGAUUUACAGCUAUAAAUAUGAUUAAUGAAAUUGUGAAAACAACAGCACACAAUAUGGGAAAUAAACAAUUUCUUUAUCAUUCUCUUUUUCUGAUAGUUUCAAUAACAUUUGUUUUGCUCUAA